AUGCCGUUCUUCAAAGACCUACGGCGUCGAUCAAAGGCCACAUUUCACAAGACUCCAUCCCAUAGUGUGGAGGAGGUCUCCGGGAAAUCGUCAUCUACGAUCGACACUUCCUCCCAUAAAUCCAUCACUCCACCGUCAUCGAUCAGACCAACUCUUUCAACCCCCAGUCUUCCUGCUCUCAAUGAAUCAGAGACCACCAGCGCAGUCAGCGCAGUCAGUUUAGCCCCGCCUACACAGCGACCGGGGCCUUUGGUGGCCAAUUCUCAGCGAAACAGCGUUAUUGGUAGCAGCUCGUCCUCUGUCAAUGGCGCGUACCGAUCACAAGCUCCCGUCUCACCUUACGCCCCGAGACUCGUCUCUGUGGCUGAUAAUUCAUGGGUCAACCAGAAAGUGCUACUUGUGUAUGGUCAAAUCGGCGACCCAAGGCAACAUCCGCUGGACGGAAAUGUUACCGUCUACCACCACCAAGAUAAUUUCCCGUCGACCUGCUGGCCAGUCACGGCAUCGCAUUUUAAAGUCCUCGUUCAUCUAGUUCCAGGUCCUAAUCGCCUUCGCUUUGACUUUGUCUCGCCCAAACUAUCCACAGGCAGCACCCACCCCGCCAUCCACUCCUCCUGGAUCUGUAUCAACUACCUUCCCCUAGUCAACAACCCGCCAUUGCAGCUGGUCAUCCUCUUGGGGAAGGAUUCAGAUGGCACAUACGAUGCAGUUCCGGAAAGGAUAGAGCGCGAAGGAAAUGGGUUGGAAAUGGCGAUUCGAAAGUACCGAAUGGCAGCCUAUCUCUGGCAGGCCUUCACUGGUGAACAGAUGUUCCGCAAUAAUUUCGGGCGGCGUUGUUUCCGAUUCGAGGAGGAAUGGCAGUCUGGUAGCUUGAGCCGUCGUGACUUGGCCCAUGGCCAGAUGCGGAAUGAGGCCAAGAUUCAUGUAGUUCGCACUGAGAAAACAGUGGCCGAACUUCGAGAUCUCAAUAUCGCCCAGCAGAACGAGAAAGCCGAGAAGAAAGACGAGUUGUUCGCCAUUGCUAAAGAAGCAGUGCGAAACCAUUUCCAGCCUCAGCCCGGCCAGAAGCAAUACGUCUCCGUUCUCCUCCUCGAUUCUCACUGGGAUACCCAAUCCCAGAUGAUCACCGGCCAUGCAGCUUUAGGUUCGGCCGAUGACGAUAUCAAAAUGGCCAUGUUCGGGUCUCAUUGUCUCCAAAGCUAUCCGUCAUGCCUGGAAGAAGUCGUGGAUGCGUUUACAGACUGUACCCGCACGGAUACGAACUACGUCGCCAAUGACUGUGGCGAGGCGGGCUCCAAUUGGGAAUCAGCAAACUUGGGCAUCGGUGCUCACCUGCACGAGGUGGGCCAUCUCUUCGGAUGUCCUCACCAGGAGUCAGGAGUCAUGCUUCGUGACUAUGUGCGUUUGAACAGAACAUUCCUGACCCGAGAGCCUUUCUCAACACGCACCAAGGCUCAAGGGUUGAAAGUGUGUCUGCCCAACGACGAGUGUAGCUGGCACCGCCUGGAUGCGCUACGCUUCCGAUUCCACCCCAGCUUCCGACUUCCAAGUGACCCUUCUCCCACUUCGGACGAUAGCGUGCAGGUCUGGCCAGUCGAGAAUGGCAAGAUAUUGUUCACUGCGUCGUCGGGGAUUGCAUUCAUCGAACUAUAUGCUGAGGGUGAUACCUUCUGCCACAACUUCAUUGAAUACUUGAACAGCGAGUCAAGCCCCAACGGAUUGCCACGACAAGUCGCCGUGACAGAGGUCGAGCUUCGCCAACGUGUGUAUGGUACCGAAAAGGAAAAGAAAAAGAACAUCCGUCUGGUCGUCUACUCUGGUGCACUAGGCAGCUACACUGUUGAGAACAUUGGCGAUCUGAAAUCCAAAAAUUCUCUAGUCAAGUUACCCAAAAGCCAGUCUGGGUUCAAAAGCGGCAAAUUAGGCCAAUCGGCGAUGGAAGGCAGUGAGCCAGAGCAGGUGUUACUGGAAUGUGCCUUCAUCAAAACAAAGCUCCUGACAUCGAUCAAAGUCUACCAUGGCUAUGCAGUGGAUGGUAUCGAGUUCUACUACGAGGACGCGACCAGUCAGCUCUUCGGCAAGCGAGGAGGCAAACCUGGUGGUGAUGAGUUUGUCCUUGAUACUCGACGCGGUGAAAUUCUGCUUGGGUUCUAUGUCCGGGCUGGUCUCUGGAUUGAUGGGAUCGAAAUUCUCACGAGCCUUGGAAGAAAAUCCGGUAUAUAUGGAAAUCCCGCCGGUGGCUCAGGCCACACUUUAAUACCUCCUUUGGGCUACAAGAUUGCUGGAAUCUCCGGCUCCUGUGCAUCAUGGAUCGAUGGUUUCUCAUUGAUCAUCCAGCACUGA